GUCAAACUGAUCGACUUUGAUACGGUUGAAGAGUGGAACUCAACAGGCCCCAAGUCCAAGCACGUGCUGGGCACUGACCAGUAUAUCGCGCCGGAAGCCUACGAAGGCAAGUAUUCGCCUGCUUCUGACAUCUUUGCCGUGGGGGUCAUUGCCUACAAGAUUUUGACUGGCUCAUUCCCGUAUAACGGGCGCCUUUUUGACGACAAGCCCGGUGAGAACUGGGUCGGAUCACCCAAGAUGAAAGAGAUCCGGCAGAAGCUGUGCGAUGCGAGGCAACUUCCUUGCUGUAGUCUUGUUUGUAUUUGUGGGCUGGGGCCGGCAAAACAUCCCCUUGGUUCAAGCGCCUGUUUGGGCAGCUUCCCCUCCGCCCAGGGAGUGUGUAAAGACACUCCCGAGCGGAUCCCAUGCAUGGUGUAA